UCGUUUUGACAAUUGUAGCAGCAACUACAGAAAAAUAUAAAGCGGAAAUACAGAAAAGCGUAUUAAUAUAAUUCCUAAAAGUAUUUUAUUUAAUUGUGACUAAGUACAUCAAUAAAGCGAUUGGAAUCGAGAAAUAAUCCAAAAUGCAGAUCUUUGUGAAAACCUUGACUGGAAAAACCAUCACCUUGGAGGUGGAGCCCUCCGAUACCAUCGAGAACGUCAAAGCCAAGAUCCAAGACAAGGAGGGCAUCCCCCCAGACCAGCAGCGUUUGAUCUUCGCCGGAAAGCAGCUCGAGGAUGGCCGCACCCUCUCCGACUACAACAUCCAGAAGGAGUCGACCCUUCACUUGGUCCUCCGUCUGCGAGGAGGUAUGCAGAUCUUCGUGAAGACCCUGACUGGUAAGACCAUCACUCUGGAGGUCGAGCCUUCCGACACCAUUGAGAACGUGAAGGCCAAGAUCCAGGACAAGGAGGGCAUUCCCCCAGACCAGCAGCGUUUGAUCUUCGCCGGAAAGCAGCUCGAGGAUGGCCGCACCCUCUCCGACUACAACAUCCAAAAGGAGUCUACUCUCCAUCUGGUGUUGCGUCUCCGUGGUGGAAUGCAGAUCUUCGUGAAGACCUUGACUGGAAAGACCAUCACUCUGGAGGUGGAGCCUUCCGACACCAUUGAAAACGUGAAGGCCAAGAUCCAGGACAAGGAGGGCAUCCCCCCAGACCAGCAGCGUUUGAUCUUCGCCGGAAAGCAGCUCGAGGAUGGACGCACCCUCUCCGACUACAACAUCCAGAAGGAGUCGACCCUUCACUUGGUCCUCCGUCUGCGAGGAGGUAUGCAGAUCUUCGUGAAGACCCUGACUGGUAAGACCAUCACUCUGGAGGUCGAGCCUUCCGACACCAUUGAGAACGUGAAGGCCAAGAUCCAGGACAAGGAGGGCAUCCCCCCAGACCAGCAGCGUUUGAUCUUCGCCGGAAAGCAGCUCGAGGAUGGACGCACCCUCUCCGACUACAACAUCCAGAAGGAGUCGACCCUUCACUUGGUCCUCCGUCUGCGAGGAGGUAUGCAGAUCUUCGUGAAGACCUUGACUGGUAAGACCAUCACUCUGGAGGUCGAGCCUUCCGAUACCAUUGAGAACGUGAAGGCCAAGAUCCAGGACAAGGAGGGCAUCCCCCCAGACCAGCAGCGUUUGAUCUUCGCCGGAAAGCAGCUCGAGGAUGGCCGCACCCUCUCCGACUACAACAUUCAAAAGGAGUCUACUCUCCAUCUGGUGUUGCGUCUCCGUGGUGGAAUGCAGAUCUUCGUGAAGACCUUGACUGGAAAGACCAUCACUCUGGAGGUGGAGCCUUCCGACACCAUUGAAAACGUGAAGGCCAAGAUCCAGGACAAGGAGGAUCCCCCAGACCAGCAGCGUUUGAUCUUCGCCGGAAAGCAGCUCGAGGAUGGCCGCACCCUCUCCGACUACAACAUCCAGAAGGAGUCGACCCUUCACUUGGUCCUCCGUCUCCGUGGAGGAAUGCAGAUCUUCGUGAAGACCUUGACUGGAAAGACCAUCACUCUGGAGGUCGAGCCUUCCGACACCAUUGAGAACGUGAAGGCCAAGAUCCAGGACAAGGAGGGCAUCCCCCCAGACCAGCAGCGUUUGAUCUUUGCCGGAAAGCAGCUGGAGGAUGGUCGCACCCUCUCCGACUACAACAUCCAGAAGGAGUCGACCCUUCACUUGGUCCUCCGUCUGCGAGGAGGUAUGCAGAUCUUCGUGAAGACCUUGACUGGUAAGACCAUCACUCUGGAGGUCGAGCCUUCCGACACCAUUGAGAACGUGAAGGCCAAGAUCCAGGACAAGGAGGAUCCCCCAGACCAGCAGCGUUUGAUCUUCGCCGGAAAGCAGCUCGAGGAUGGACGCACCCUCUCCGACUACAACAUCCAGAAGGAGUCGACCCUUCACUUGGUCCUCCGUCUGCGAGGAGGUAUGCAGAUCUUCGUGAAGACCUUGACUGGUAAGACCAUCACUCUGGAGGUCGAGCCUUCCGACACCAUUGAGAACGUGAAGGCCAAGAUCCAGGACAAGGAGGGCAUCCCCCCAGACCAGCAGCGUUUGAUCUUCGCCGGAAAGCAGCUCGAGGAUGGCCGCACCCUCUCCGACUACAACAUCCAAAAGGAGUCUACUCUCCAUCUGGUGUUGCGUCUCCGUGGUGGAAUGCAGAUCUUCGUGAAGACCUUGACUGGUAAGACCAUCACUCUGGAGGUCGAGCCUUCCGACACCAUUGAGAACGUGAAGGCCAAGAUCCAGGACAAGGAGGGCAUCCCCCCAGACCAGCAGCGUUUGAUCUUCGCCGGAAAGCAGCUCGAGGAUGGACGCACCCUCUCCGACUACAACAUCCAGAAGGAGUCGACCCUUCACUUGGUCCUCCGUCUGCGAGGAGGUAUGCAGAUCUUCGUGAAGACCUUGACUGGUAAGACCAUCACUCUGGAGGUCGAGCCUUCUGACACCAUUGAGAACGUGAAGGCCAAGAUCCAGGACAAGGAGGGCAUCCCCCCAGACCAGCAGCGUUUGAUCUUCGCCGGAAAGCAGCUCGAGGAUGGCCGCACCCUCUCCGACUACAACAUCCAAAAGGAGUCUACUCUCCAUCUGGUGUUGCGUCUCCGUGGUGGAAUGCAGAUCUUCGUGAAGACCUUGACUGGAAAGACCAUCACUCUGGAGGUGGAGCCUUCCGACACCAUUGAAAACGUGAAGGCCAAGAUCCAGGACAAGGAGGGCAUCCCCCCAGACCAGCAGCGUUUGAUCUUCGCCGGAAAGCAGCUCGAGGAUGGCCGCACCCUCUCCGACUACAACAUCCAGAAGGAGUCGACCCUUCACUUGGUCCUCCGUCUCCGUGGAGGAAUGCAGAUCUUCGUGAAGACCUUGACUGGAAAGACCAUCACUCUGGAGGUCGAGCCUUCCGACACCAUUGAGAACGUGAAGGCCAAGAUCCAGGACAAGGAGGGCAUCCCCCCAGACCAGCAGCGUUUGAUCUUUGCCGGAAAGCAGCUGGAGGAUGGUCGCACCCUCUCCGACUACAACAUCCAGAAGGAGUCGACCCUUCACUUGGUCCUCCGUCUGCGAGGAGGUAUGCAGAUCUUCGUGAAGACCUUGACUGGUAAGACCAUCACUCUGGAGGUCGAGCCUUCCGACACCAUUGAGAACGUGAAGGCCAAGAUCCAGGACAAGGAGGAUCCCCCAGACCAGCAGCGUUUGAUCUUCGCCGGAAAGCAGCUCGAGGAUGGACGCACCCUCUCCGACUACAACAUCCAGAAGGAGUCGACCCUUCACUUGGUCCUCCGUCUGCGAGGAGGUAUGCAGAUCUUCGUGAAGACCUUGACUGGUAAGACCAUCACUCUGGAGGUCGAGCCUUCCGAUACCAUUGAGAACGUGAAGGCCAAGAUCCAGGACAAGGAGGGCAUCCCCCCAGACCAGCAGCGUUUGAUCUUCGCCGGAAAGCAGCUCGAGGAUGGCCGCACCCUCUCCGACUACAACAUCCAGAAGGAGUCGACCCUUCACUUGGUCCUCCGUCUCCGUGGAGGAAUGCAGAUCUUCGUGAAGACCUUGACUGGAAAGACCAUCACUCUGGAGGUCGAGCCUUCCGAUACCAUUGAGAACGUGAAGGCCAAGAUCCAGGACAAGGAGGGCAUCCCCCCAGACCAGCAGCGUUUGAUCUUCGCCGGAAAGCAGCUCGAGGAUGGACGCACCCUCUCCGACUACAACAUCCAGAAGGAGUCGACCCUUCACUUGGUCCUCCGUCUGCGAGGAGGUAUGCAGAUCUUCGUGAAGACCUUGACUGGUAAGACCAUCACUCUGGAGGUCGAGCCUUCCGACACCAUUGAGAACGUGAAGGCCAAGAUCCAGGACAAGGAGGGCAUCCCCCCAGACCAGCAGCGUUUGAUCUUUGCCGGAAAGCAGCUGGAGGAUGGUCGCACCCUCUCCGACUACAACAUCCAGAAGGAGUCGACCCUUCACUUGGUCCUCCGUCUGCGAGGAGGUAUGCAGAUCUUCGUGAAGACCUUGACUGGUAAGACCAUCACUCUGGAGGUCGAGCCUUCCGACACCAUUGAGAACGUGAAGGCCAAGAUCCAGGACAAGGAGGGCAUCCCCCCAGACCAGCAGCGUUUGAUCUUCGCCGGAAAGCAGCUCGAGGAUGGCCGCACCCUCUCCGACUACAACAUCCAGAAGGAGUCAACCCUUCACUUGGUGCUCCGUCUACGCGGAGGAGUUCAAGCCUAAUCUAAAUACAUUUCCAAUAAAUACAAGAUACAAGCAAGACUUUUCCUGACCAUAAUCCCCAAUCAAGAUCAAGAUUACCAAGCCAUAGUCAAAACCGCCUAGUUCUUUUGAGAAAAGGCGGUCCAAUAAUCAAAAUUCCAGUUUAGAUCACGAUUCAUAAUUCUGUUAGUUAAAAAGACCACCAAAAUUUUCUUUCUAAAUUCAUAAAACACUGAUUAAAUGAGUUAAUUUAAA